CAUUUGUGUAUAUAUAUAAUACAAGAAAACGCAUGUAUUACAUCUCACACUCUUCUUCUCUUCCUAUCAUUCUCUCUAAAAAUUAGUUCAGAUGACAGAGAAAAGCAAGAUUUUAGUAAUCGGAGGGACUGGUUAUGUCGGAAAAUUCUUAGUGGAGGAAAGUGCAAAAACUAGGCACCCAACUUUUGCACUGGUCAGAGAAAGCACCACCUCAGAUCCUGACAAGUCAAAAAUCAUAGAGAGCUUCAAAAGUUCUGGGGUUACAGUGAUUUUUGGAGAUAUCUACAAUCAUGAGCGCUUGGUCAGCAUAAUCAAGCAAGUUGAUGUGGUGAUCUCUGCGGUCGCGGGACAACAGAGUGCCGAUCAAGUGAACAUCAUUGCAGCCAUUAAAGAAGCUGGAAACAUCAAGAGAUUUCUACCUUCAGAAUUCGGAUUCGACACGGACAAGAUCCAUGCGGUUGAGCCAGCUGCAAGCGUGUUUAAGAUCAAGACUCAGAUUCGAAGGACUAUCGAGGCUGAGGGAAUUCCUUACACUUACGCGGCGUGCAACGCUCUUGCUACUUACUUUCUUCGUAACCUGGGACAAUUGGAUGAAACCACUACUCCUCCUAGAGACAAAGUAGUAAUUCUUGGAGAUGGAAAUUCCAAAGCAAUUUUUGUGAAGGAGGAAGAUGUAGCAACAUACACCAUCAAAGCUGUGGACGACCCUCGAACCUUGAACAAGCUCCUUUACAUGAGCCCCCCUGCCAACAUAUUGUCCUUCAAUGAGUUGGUCUCCCUGUGGGAGAACAAGAUUGGCAAGACCCUUGAGAGGACAUAUAUCCUGGAGGAUCAACUCCUCAAGAACAUCGAAGAGGCUCCAAUGCCCUUAAAGUUCCUUUUGUCCAUCUGCUAUGCUGCUUUCGUAAAAGGAGAUGUUUCAAAGAUUGAGGUUGAUGCUUCUGUGAGUGUAGAGGCCUCUCAGCUCUAUCCAGAGGUGAAAUACACAACUGUGGACGAAUUCCUCAAUCAGUUCGUCUAAGAUCCAGCACGGAGACUCAAUUCUCUGCCUUUGCUUCAGCUUUAAUAAUCUUAAUAAAUCUUCUGUGUAAAAUGCUGUACUUCAUAGUUUUUUGUAUUGAAACAAUGAAUUUUGAAUCUUGUGUUUAAGCAAAUAUGAAACAAUAUCAAACAACCAGACUCGUGCUUCGAAACAAGGACUACACUUUUCCAAAAGGAUUUGACUGUUCAAGAUCAUAAAUGAAUAGACAAAUAAAAAAAUAGUGUUCGAAUAACUUAUUAAAAUCAUUUUAAAAUAUUGUUAAAAACACUUCUACGCAGAAGACUUUCCAUUUUACAUUUUAUCAUCACCACAGCCACCAACACCACCACCAUUACCAUUACCAUUACCGAUACCACCACACUUGUCAUUUGAAGUUUGUUCUCUCUAUAUAUCGCAGAUCCCAUGUACAACAAGGUGUUGUACUUUAUCGGUGU